AUGCCGAGAGUUGAUGACAAUCCUGCUGACUUGACGACAUACGCGAUAUGCUCCCACGGAAGCAACAUCUACACCGUCGAUGCUAUUAAUUCACGGACAUCUUGUGUACUUGUCACUGAUUCUUUCAUAUCCGACAUGGGAGAUCUUGACUCUAUACAGCGGAGAAGGAAGUCGACGGCACCUCUACAUGUCAGAUAUAUCCCUGAUGGAGCUAUUGUUGUGCCAGGAAUUAGUGACUCUCAUGCCCACAUUAUGCACUAUGGUUUAUAUCGUCAGAUACCUCUCGAAAUGGGAAGAAAUAUAUCCGAGAUGGUCUCUUUUGUCGAGAAUUAUAUCAUAUCUAACUCAGAUAUCUACAGCAAUGUAUCGAAGGUCAUUGAGGGCUGGGGAUGGGAUCACACUGCCUGGCCAGAGUCAAGGUUUCCAACUGCAGCUGAUCUCGAUGCCAGUGCAGUCAUUCGUGGGCGUUCUGUGAUGUUGCGCAGCAAGGACGGGCAUGGUACCUGGGUCUCUGGUCGUGUCCUACAAGACACCCGUCCCCUCCUACGUACCGUAGAAGGGGGAGUAAUUGUUCGUGACAAGAAAGGGCAACCAAUCGGCAAGAACUUUAGAUGGUUUUUACUGGAUGUCACAUUGACAGCGCACCUCAUAGGUGUAUUCCUCGACAAUGCUCAAGACUUGUUGCCAGUUCCAGUUCCAACUGAAGAGGAUUAUGAGCAGCGAUUUUCGACUACCGUACGAAAUGCUUUUGCCAACGGGCUCACGUCCAUCCAUGAUGCCAAGCUGGACUUCCCGCAACUGGACUUUUUCAAGAGAAAAGCAGCGGCCGGGAAGUUGCCAAUUCGUUUGUACGGAAUGACGAACUAUGACGAAGGUGAAAAAUACUGGGGUAACAUCACCAAGCCACAAAUGCUAUCCGAUGACCACAGAUUCAGUGCUCGCAGUGUGAAGAUCGUAGGAGAUGGUUCCAUGAGAACGGGAGGAGCAGCGCUAUAUGAACCCUACACUGACAAUCCGAACACAAACGGCUUCAUGCGCGUGUCUGAGGCAACGAUUAACAGAGUCAUUCCGCUCUUCCUCCGCGAUGGCUGGCAGGUUAAUGUUCACGCGAUCGGAGAUCGCGCCAAUGGUAUCGUCCUGGGUGCUUUAGAGUCCGCCUUUGAGGACGUUGAUGUUGUCACAAUGCGGCCACGUCUUGAGCACGCUCAAAUCAUGACGAAGGCUGAUAUCAAACGUGCGGGAAAAAUUGGGGUUAUUGCCAGUGUACAGCCCACCCACGUCAUUGAUGAUAUGUGGUAUGCGGAGGAACGCAUCGGUCCGCUGCGCAUCAAAGGACUGUAUGCCUUCCGCAGCUUGCUCAAUAGCGGAGCUAGAAUUACACUUGGAUCCGACUUUCCUGUUGAGACGAUGAAUCCCCUUGCCGGGUUCUACGCUGCAAUCACAAGAGUGUCACUGGAUGGGAGGUCACCCCACGGUCCAGGAGGAUGGUUUCCCGAACAACGAUUAACGCGUCUUGAAGCAUUGCGUGGCAUGACCAUCGACCCGGCUUAUGCGUCAUUUACCGAAUCAGUUCUUGGCUCACUAGAACCUGGGAAAAGGGCGGACUUCGUCGUCCUGUCACAGAACAUCAUGACGGUCCCAGUGACCGAAAUCAUGAACACGAAGUUCCUUGCGACCGUCAUCGAUGGUAUUGCUGUCCAUGGAAAAAUUUAA